UCAACAUGAAAUUACAUCAAGCAUUUGCGUUUGUGACUUUGCUAGUUGUGCAUAUUUGCGGUUUAAAAAUUGAUUGCGAUAAUCCCGAUGGUAUUAAUGAAGAUCAUAUACAUUACUGUUGCAAACAUCCAGAAAAACCCAAUAAAGUGCUAGAGGAUUGUUCAAAAGAAACUGGCUUUAAGUGGCCCAAUCCCAAGGAGGAGGCUUUCAUUGAUAUAACACCUGAUCGCGCUAUCGCUGGCACUUGUUUUAGCAAAUGUGUUUUUAAUAAACUUAAUUUCAUGAAAGGUGAAGACUUUAACAUGGAAGCUGUUAAAAAAUAUUACAGUGAUAAUCAUAGCAACGAUCCUGAAUAUGUUAAGGAAAUGUUGAAUGCCUUUGAUCAUUGCCAUGGCAAAUCGGAAGACAACGCAGCUAAAUUCCUAUCGAAUCCUAUGUUCAAAACUUUGUCCGACGAUUUUUGUGAACCCAAGUCCAGUGUUAUACUAGCUUGUGUUAUACGCCAAUUUUUCCAUAAUUGCCCAAUUGAACGUUGGUCGAAGUCUCCGGAAUGCGAUCGUGUGUUGGAGUUUAGUAAAAGCUGCAAAGAUGCUUUGAUUUCUAUGUAAAAUUAACCAAAAACUAUAAAUUUUUCAUUUUUAUGUAUACCAAUUGCAUUGGUCUGAUUGAGUUGCAUAUAGAAACGUUUACUACAAAAUAAAUUUGAAUUUACCGAUUUCAUGUAUGAUAUAUUAAG